AUGCCUGUUGUUAUUGUCACUGGUGCCUCGAGAGGCAUGGGUGCGGCCAUGGCCCGCAAGUUGCUCUCUGCUCCUAUCUCCGCCAAGGUCGUCCUGGUCGCCAGAACCGAAGAGCCCUUGAAGGCCUUUGCGACCGAGUUCCCCGACCAGGUCGCCUACAUCUCCGGUGAUCUGUCCAAGGACGAGAUCAACAUCGCUGCCGUCAAGCUUGCAAUCGACAAGUUCGGCGCGCUCGACGGUAUCGUCUUCAACGCGGCCGUUUUGGAUCCGAUCGCUGCUGUUGCAAAGGCCGACGCGGCCGAGUGGAAGAAGCUGUAUGAUAUUAACUUCUUCUCGAUGCUGCCGGCUUUGAAGGAGGCUAUUCCCCAUCUUAAGGCUUCUAAGGGAAAAGUCAUCUUCAUCUCCUCCGGAGCGGCUCACCACUACUUUUACGGAUGGGGUGCCUAUGGAUCCUCCAAGGCUGCUACUGACCACUUGGCUGCUACCCUUGCUGCUGAGGAGCCCGAUAUCUUCACCUUCUCUCUCGACCCCGGUGUCAUGGACACCAACAUGCAGGUCGCCCUGCGCGAGGCUCAUGGCCCUGAGAUGAAGCCUAGCGAGCACGAACGUUUCUUGAACCUCAAGACCGACAACGCUCUCUCGCCUCCUUCGCUCCCCGGCGGCGUUGCCAUCAACCUCUUGAUGAAAGCUCCCAUGGAUCUGAGUGGAAAGACGCUAAGGUGA